AGAUCAAAUAAAUUACCGAGUACAUUUGUCGAAAGCAAAAUAAAGGUGAACGACGUAUCUGGAAAAUUACAAAAUCUGGGUUUCUUCAGGAUUUUAUCAUUUCUUCAAUAAAUAAAUAAAGAAAUACUCUUACAACAUAAAUAACUCUUCCUCACUCCCAAAUUAAUCACAAAUUCAAGCUCUAAAACCCUAAUUUCAAUGGACGAAAACAGCAUUUUGGAGAGAGAAAGGUACCAAAUUGAGCAAAUCCGGGAGCUCGAUGAUGAAGAAUUGCAGAUUGAAGAAGUCGAAGGUUUACCCGAGGACUCCGAUGAUGAUCAUGCUAUGUUGGGUGAAUUUACAUUUGACACUUGUCUGGCGUCAUUGCAUACCUAUUUGGGCGAGGUGGAAGACACUCAUCACAGGACAGCUUUUGUUGAUACUGGCGCCAUUUUGACUCUCCCUCUUUUUUAUCUUGAAGGUGUAGUACUGUUCCCAGAGGCAACUCUUCCUUUAAGAAUCAUACAGCCGAAUUUUAUAGUAGCUGUAGAAAGAGCAAUGGGUCAGAUUGACUCCCCUUAUACCAUAGGUGUGGUUCGUGUUUUUAGAGACCUUGAUUUUGGAAGGUUAAGGUUUUCAGCUGUUGGGACUACUGCAGAGAUUCGACAAUAUCGUCGUUUGGAGGAUGGAUCCGUCAACGUAGUUACUCGUGGAAAGCAGCGUUUCCAUGUUAGACGCCAUUGGAUCGAUACUGAUGGAGCUCCUUGUGGAGAGAUUGAGGUCAUUGAAGAAGACUUGCCUUUGAGGACCCCACGUGAUGCAUUUGGAACCUUACCGCCAUUGAGGAACCUUAGUAGCCCGAGCUUUUCUGAUGCUACAAAAUCUCAUAAUCAGGCUAAGAGACAUAGAGAUGCAGUUGAAAGCAAUUGCUCUGAUGCAGAGUCGGAGGAAAGUUAUCUGAAUGAGCUUUCAAUUUCAGAGAUGAGAUUGCAUCAAAAUGCUGUUGAGUCGUGUUGUGCAUAUGAUACGAUUGACGAGUCAACAAGCAGUGAUGAUGAUAAAUAUGUUUGUGAAUCAGAGCUUCACUCUGGACAAUCUAAAUCAAGUGAUGGUUCAUCACAAUCAAAGUGUCGAAGGAGAAUAGAUGCUACCUCAGGAGUUUCAAACAAAGGUGAAAUUAACCAAUCACCUCAGAAAGGAGUUGCAUGGGGGAAGAGAGGAAUGUCUGCCAAUUUGAAUCAGUUCCGUGCAGUUCCCAGAGCAUUUUUGCCAUACUGGGUUUACCAGAUGUACGACUCUUUCACUCUUGCUCAAAAGGCAGCAGAUAUGUGGAAGCAGGUUGUUGGAGCGCCUAGUAUGGAUGGGUUUGUUAGAAAGCCUGAUAUCUUGUCAUUUUACAUUGCCAGUAAAAUUCCUAUAUCCGAGUCUACAAGACAGGAGCUGCUAGAAAUUAAUGGAGUCUCCUAUAGAUUACGUCGAGAAAUUGAACUUCUUGAAGGUUUUGAUCGUGUAAGGUGUAAAAACUGUCAGACUGUAAUUGCCAGGCGAAGUGAUAUGCUGGUGAUGUCUAAUGAAGGCCCUCUUGGUGCAUAUGUUAACCCGAAUGGCUUUGUGCAUGAGAUAAUGACUCUUUACAAAGCCAAUGGUUUGGCGCUGAUUGGCCGACCAAGAGAAGAAUACAGCUGGUUUCCAGGAUAUAAAUGGACCAUUGCCAACUGUGCUACAUGUGAGAGUCACAUGGGUUGGCUCUUUACUGCCACAAACAAGAAGUUGAAGCCAAAAACUUUCUGGGGAGUUCGGAGUUCUCAGGUUGCAGAUGACAUGCGAUAAGAGUGUAAUUGCUUCUUGAAUCUGUUAUAUGUACUUGUACUUGUAUUUGCUCCCAUGCCAUAGUCUUGUUUGGGAGAAUAGGUGUCUAUUCGAACAAAUGAGACUAAGCUAUCGAUAGAUUUUCCUGUGUAGGACAGGCAUCUAGAAGUACAUAUGAGAUUGUAUAGACUACAGUCUAUAGAGUAGCUCUUUCUUGUAGCUUUGUUUGCUGUGUAUGUUGCUUGUAAGAACUCAAACGAUAUAUCAUGUGCACAAGUUGGUUUCAUUAAUGCUGAAUGAACUACAGCAAAGAAACCUUGGAGGACGGUGUGAUGACUUUUGGAGAAGCUGUCCUAGAAUCAGAGAUUAUUAGGGAUUGCUGAAGUGUUUUUUUUCGCCUGUAUGGAUGGUCAUAAAGAUGAGUAAAACCGGAUCUUUAUAUAGCUUUCGUAUAACCAGAAAUAUUUACUGGGUAAUUGAAUAAAAUUCAAUACCAGAAUUCUUUUUGCAGAUUAA